AUGUUCAAUCGCUUUAGCAAGAAUCGCGACUACGGUCAAGGCUCCGGCUCCCCACGCUUCACCAACGCCGAUUCAGCCUACGAGUCCGCCACCCCCAGUCACCAGGGAUUUCCCAUCUUCCACGGUCCCUCCGAAUACUCGAGCUCUCACUCGUCCCGCCCCGGAAGAGCCUUCUCUCGUCGCGCCGCUCCGAUCGCCAACGGUCUCAGGCAAUUCGCCUCUUCCGAGAAGUUCUACCCUGGCCACACCACGUUCGCCAGCAACUCUUCCGCCAGUCUAGGCCAGAGGCUGCCGCGCUCGCAAUCGAGAGCCGGUUCUGUAAACUCAAACGUCUCGCUCAGAGGUACCGCCGUGGACAACAACGUCAUGGCCACCUCAGCCGAUCGGAGCCGAACACGGCGUGAGCGCACCUUUGUCGGUAGCGAAUGCGCCGUCUGUGAGGAGCCGCUGGAGCACACCCUCCGUGGAGAGCGCGUCCUCCAAUUCUCCUGCGCCCACGUCUGCCACGAGGCCUGCUUCUACGAGUUCAUUCGCGAGCUCGACUCGCAGUUCUGCCCCACAUGCGACUCGCCUCUGCAUCUCGACACGAGCAGGGGCGGCAAUGUUAUCGACCUCGGUUUGUCAUGCCAGAACCACUUUUCGCCCGAGAGGUUGACGACGCCCGAGCACUAA